AUGCUGACUACCGAUAGGAACAAGCGUCUGUCGAAGGGCAAGAAGGGUCUUAAGAAGAGAGCCCAGGACCCCUUCUCGAGAAAAGAUGAAUACCUGGUCAAGGCUCCCUCUACCUUCGCGACCCGAGAUGUCGGAAAGACGAUCGUGAACCGAACCGUCGGUCUCAAGAACGCCAACGACUCCCUCAAGGGCCGUAUCUUCGAGGUCUCCCUCGCCGAUUUGCAGAACGACCAAGCCCACUCGUUCCGCAAGAUCAAGCUCCGCGUCGAUGAAGUGCAAGGAAAGAACUGCUUGACCAACUUCCACGGCAUGGACUUCACAUCUGACAAGCUCCGAUCCCUCGUCCGCAAGUGGCAGUCUUUGAUUGAGGCCAACGUCACCGUCAAGACCACUGAUGACUACCUUGUCCGCCUCUUCGCCAUUGCUUUCACCAAGCGACGAUCCUUCCAGGUCAAGAAGACUACCUACGCUCGCUCCUCUCAGAUCCGUGCCAUUCGCAAGAAGAUGGUUGAGAUCAUCCAGCGUGAGGCCUCUACACGCACCCUCACCCAGCUUACGAAGCUUGUUCCCGAGGUUAUUGGUCGUGAAAUCGAGAAGGCCACCCGGGGCAUCUACCCUCUCCAGAACGUUCACAUCCGCAAGGUCAAGUUGUUGAAACAACCCAAAUUCGAUAUCGGUGCUCUUUUGGCUCUCCACGGUGAAUCCAGCACUGAUGACAAGGGCCAAAAGGUCGAGAGGGAAUUCAAGGAGCAGGUGUUGGAGAGCGUCUAA